AUGGCUGACCAGCAGGAUGCCCCCGAGCAGCUUGGUGCCAGGAAGAGCCAGGCAGCUGCAGCAGCAACCUACAAGGUUGCAUUGUUUGAGUACGAGAACUUCCGAGGUAAGAAGGUGGAGCUGUCUGAGGAGUGUAAGGAUGUAAACGCGAAGAAUCUGGAGAAGGUUGGCUCCAUUCUGGUGGAAUCUGGGCCAUGGGUGGCGUUUGAGAGGCAGGGCUUUGUGGGGGAGCAGUUUGUUUUGGAGAAGGGUGAAUAUCCCCGCUGGAGUACCUGGACAAACAGCCAGAACAGUUAUUGCCUGCUCUCCCUCAGGCCCCUCAAAGUGGAUAGCGCUGAUCACAAACUUCAUCUGUUUGAGAACGGAGGAUUUACCGGUAGAAAGAUGGAGAUUGUGGAUGAUGAUGUUCCUAGUCUCUGGGCGUAUGGUUUCCAGGACCGAGUGGCCAGCGUCAAAGCCGUGAAUGGAACGUGGGUGGGGUACAUGUACCCAGGCUACAGAGGGUGUCAGUACGUCUUCGAGCGCGGCGACUUUAAGCACUGGAACGACUGGGGCGCCGCGGUGCCACAGAUCCAGUCUGUCCGACGGGUGCGCGACAUGCAGUGGCACAAGAGGGGCUGUUUCACCCCCCCCGAACCUGCCCCCGCGCCCGCGCCCGCCCCUGCCCCCGUCCCCGUCCCCGACCCCAAUCCCGAUCCUGCACCCGCGCCCGCGCCCCCUGCUCCCGCCCCCCCAGCCGCAGCCCCCAGCAGCUGA